GCUCCAAACAGGGAGCACUCUACGCUCGAUGUGUAUUACUCAGGGAAGAUUCAGUUAAAAAAGACGAUUGUGCAAAAGAAUUUCAAGAAUUCAAAACCUGUCUGCAAAGUGCCGCGAAGAGUUUAAAAACGCGAAUAUAAAAUGAAGCGCGUCUUGAAUUUGCCGUUUCAUUUUCAUGUUACCAUCGCGUUUCUAAUUCGCAUUAUUUUUGUGUAUUACGCCACCUACCACGAUCAACAUUAUGACGUUCCGUACACGGACAUAGACUAUAGAGUUUUUACAGAUGCCGCGAAACACGUUUACAAAGGGGACUCUCCCUACAAACGACACACCUACAGAUACAGUCCGAUAAUUGCGUUCCUUUUGACGCCAAAUGUUUUUCUUAACGUUAAUUUCGGGAAGAUUUUAUUUUGUGUUUUUGAUUUACUAUGUUCUUACGCCAUAAAGAAGCUAAUUGAGAGACAAUUAGUUGGUAAAAUCAAUGGUUCUGCUAUUGCUACCUAUUGUUCUUUAGUUUGGUUAUAUAAUCCGAUGAGUAUAGCUAUUUCAACCAGAGGAAAUGCAGAUUCAAUGCCUUGUUUUAUUAUAAUUCUUUCGCUCUUGUUUUUACAAACUGACGUUGUUGUAGGAUACAGGAAAUAUAUUCUUAGUGGGAUAUUUUUAGGAUUGUCCAUACAUUUACGGUUGUAUCCAAUUGCGUUCACAUUUCCCAUGUAUUUAUCUCUUGGAUCAUAUAAAAUAAAUCGUAAUACUGUAAUAAAAGAUGGUAUUAUACAGCUAAUACCGAAUAAAAAACAAAUUCUGUUAGCAUUUAGUUGUAUAAUAUCGUUUAUUGCUCUCACGGGUGCAAUGUAUUUGUUAUAUGGUUACGAAUUCUUAUUCGAAACGUACAUAUAUCAUCUCUUUAGAAAGGACACGCGGCACAACUUUUCAGUUCUAUUUUAUUACUCUUAUUUAACAGGCGGACAAUUGUCCAUAGAUUUAGUUAAAACGUUGACCCAAAUUUCAGAGUGUGUUAUUUUGUUUGUAAUUAGCUUAGCUUUUGGCACAGAUAAACAAACACUGCCGUUUGCUUUGUUUUGUCAAUCUUUUGUUCUAGUGGCGUAUAACAGCGUUAUGACGUCACAAUAUUUUAUAUGGUUUUUGUCUCUUUUACCAUUGGUUGUGCACGAUUUACGGAUGAAACCAAAAGCAGCGCUUUUUUUAGCAAUCCUAUGGGUGCUUCCACAAGCAAAGUGGUUAUAUUAUGCAUAUUUACUCGAGUUUAAAAGCCAAGAAAUAUUAUUUUACAUAUGGACAAGUGGCAUUUUCUUUUUCGCUGAAAAUAUCUAUGUUUUGAGUAAACUUGUCAAGAGUUAUAGCCCUAGUUAUGGUUUCGGCCAGAUCAGUGAUAGUGAAAUUAAAAAUAAGUAGUGUACAUAAGGUUGUAGAUAUUAGAUACUUUUGAAAUGAAAUAAAAAUAAAAAAACAUGUU